ACCGGCUGACCCCCCCCCCCCAAAAAAAAGGGGGGCCCACUUCCCACGUUUCUUAACGCCGGUGCCACGUGUGGCGGGGUUUGCAAUGUGCAGAGAGCGAGGGAGAGGCGGGUGAGGGCUUAGGAAGUGACGUGAGGUGGUUAGAGACAGGUCUGUGUGUGUGUGUGCGUCUGUGUGUGGCUCAGAGAGAGAGAGGAGGAGGUUGAGACCAUCGCAGAAGCCAGGUGUCACCUGGACUUGCAUUUAGGUGGAUUUUGUUUUGAUUCGGCGUUUUUUUGCUAUGUCUCAUCAAACGGGUAUUCAAGCGUCCACGGAGCUCAAGGAGGUGUUCUCCAAGGCGCGCGAUGGAGAGAUUCGCCUCAUCAAGGUCUCCAUCAAGGAUGAGAAGCUGGUGCUUGCUGCCCAGCGGCGGCCGGGGGGCCCGUGGGAGCGCGACUAUGAUGCGCUGAUGCUGCCCUUGCUGGAGGACAAGCAGCCGACGUACAUCCUGCUCCGGCUCGACUCGCGCAAUGCCCAGGGCUACGAGUGGCUCUUCAUCUCUUGGUCGCCCGACCUCUCGCCGGUGAGACAGAAGAUGCUCUACGCUGCAACUAGAGCCACGGUGAAGAAUGAGUUUGGUGGAGGCCACAUCAAGGAGGAGAUGUUUGGGACAGCCUUGGACGAUGUGUCCUACAACGGCUACAACAGACAUCUACUCGCUCGCUCCGCGCCAGCUCCUCUUACGGCAGCGGAAGAGGAGCUGCAGCGGAUAAAAUUGAAUGAGGUGAACACAGACAUCAGCGUGGACAGCAAGCACCAGACGCUGCAAGGCGUGGCCUUCCCCAUCGAGGAGAGGGCGUUGGAGGCGCUCUACCGGCUCAAGACUCGCAAGAUCAACUACGUGCAGCUGAGCAUCGACCUGAACCUGGAGACCAUCAACCUGGAGCACACGGAGCGCACGACCGUGGACGAGCUCCCGUGCCGCAUCCCGUCGGACGCGGCGCGCUACCACUUCUUCCUCUUCACGCACAUGCACGAGGGGGAGCAGCUGCACUCCGUCGUGUUCAUCUACUCCAUGCCCGGGUACAAGUGCAGCAUCAAGGAGCGCAUGCUGUACUCCAGCUGCAAGAGUUCGCUGCUGGACGUCGCUGAGAAGAAGAUCGGCCUGGACGUCGCCAAGAAGCUGGAGAUUGACGACGGCGCGGAGCUGACGACGGAGUUCCUUUACGAAGAGGUCCACCCAAGGGAACUUGCCUACGCGCAGGCGUUUGCCAAGCCGCGUGGGCCUUCUGGCAAACGCGGACUCAGGCGCAUCAUCCGCAGCUCGGGCCUGUCGCAGCUCUCCGACGAGUGAAGGACGUCGGUGGGCCGGCCACCCCCCCCCCCCGCCUCCCUUUUUACCGCCGUCCUCCUCUCCACAUCUCCUCUCCUGUGUCGCCGUCGGACGCGCUCGCGCCCGCAGCCGGCAGGACGACGGGGGGGGCAUUGAUGGGGGGACACGGGUCGUUGUGGGAAACGAACAGCAAAGGAAAUGGGCCGUGGUUAUUUGGGCCAGAUUUUUUUGUUCUCUUUUUGAUGGGGGGCUGGGGGGGGAAAGGUUCAUGGUUCAAGAGGCCCCGCGCUUGAGCUUUCGUUGGUAGCAAAAUGUGUCUGAGAGACGGCCCAAUGAGCCACUUUUUUUCUGCCAUAGUGGCAGAAAACCAUGCCCUAUAUGUCUGCUGUUUAGGAAGGGAACGGAUCUCAGUAACAAAAUUUGUUGAGAAAAUACAAAAAAAAACUUUAUUACAGAUAGUGCUUGUACAUGCAUUGUCGCAGACGAGUGUCGCGUUUGGAACGUUUGUCACGCGAGGGUAUCUUUCCGCGUAGUUUUUUGUGUUGCAUAAGGUAAAGUUAAAUAACAUCAGUGAAGAAGAAACACAUUGAUUAUUAAUAAAGCCGCAGACUCAUCGACCAUGAGAACUGAGAAAGGUUUAUAAAAGCAAAUUGGUGGCUUUAAAACAGAAACGAUGGUGUGAAAAGGCGUUUGUUAUGCAGUGUCGUAAGCGAUGCUCUUAAGAGAUUUGUGCGUGAAUGCAAAGCAAAACAUAUAUGGCACUAUUUUUGUUGCUUGACCUAGAAGUGACUUCAACCACUAAGUGCUAUCAUUCCAAUGUCUAUAGAACUGCACAAUGACUUGAUUUAAAUUGGGGGUGUUGAUUUACAGCAUUUUUUUUUACUGAAGCCAGCUGUAUCAACAUUUUCAUCAAAAUGUUGAUAUCCCAUUUUAAAAUGCAACUCUAUAAAACAAUACCACGCUACCUUAUAAUUGCAUAAUGAUGGGUUCUUUUAACUCUAUGUGGCCUUCAUACGUUAUGUUAUUGGACAUUUUGUGUUAGCCAGUGCACCUUUGUUUCAGUUCUUGGGAGUUUUAUUCAAUAUAGAUCAAGCUGAUGCCAUGGUUAAUUCGAGAGGGAGUUUGAGUGGUACUGUUUAUAUUUUACACUGAAUUACACAUUCAAUAUUAUCUUCUCAUAAUCGAUCUUGUAGCUGUAUCUCAGCCUCAUAACUGAGAUGGGCAAUGAUUGGAACACAAAACAGCAAGCAAUGUCUGCCUGAACUGCUUUGGUAUCUAACACUGACAGUUAAACACAAUGGGCAAUCAGAGGUCUGAGCAACAUGAAAUGGCAUCAUAGCAUUCCCAUGUUUAAACGAACACUGAGGCAGUGCUUAUUUUCAUUGUUGAUUCUGAGCCAGUGGCAGAAAUUCCACAUUGCUAUCGUGCAGCCUCAGCGGACGGUGCUUGUAUUAUCAAUCUGCAGAUAAAUUAUGAUGGUUAUGAUUGAUGAUGACGAUGAUGAUGAUUGACGGAUUGCGUUGACCCUGACCAGGAUUUAAACUCACAUUCUCGUAAGUGUGAGCCCUGCUGCUCUACCCACUGAGCCACAUAAUUUUUCUUCGAUGCAAUACCCAACAUUUAUAUUUAAACUCUUACAUAAUAAGAUUCUAUACAUCCAAAAUUGUAUGAUAUGCAUACUCUCUGGUUCUUUCGGUAAAGUCACGUAGAUAGAAAAAAUUAUAAAAUAAAACGUGACUUUACCGAAAGAACCAGAGAGUAUGGAUUCCUGCAGUCACGAAAACUUCAAAUCAAGAUUGUAUAAUAUUCAUUUGUAUUUGUAUGCACCAUUGAUGUGAUAAACUAAGUGAAUUGAUGCUAAAUUCGUUUCUCAGUCCGCUUCUCCUGGUGAGGGUCGUGGUGGCAGCAUGUUGAGUAGGGCAGUCCUCAACCUCAAUUUCCCUGACGACAGACUCCAGUACUACUACACUAUACACUACUAUAUACGACACUAUACACUACUAUACACUACAUUAUACACUACUAUACACAGAUUAUAGCUCUUCCUAGGGAAUUCCCAGGCGUUCCCAGGCCAGCCGAGCGACAUCGUCCCGCCAGCUUGUCCUGGGCCGGCCCCGGGGUCUUCGCCCAGUGGGACGUCUUGCCCGGUAGAGUUCCAGGGGAAGUCUACCGGGGGAUAUCCUUACCAGGUUCCUGAACCACCUCACUGGCUCCUCCUCUCGAUCCUGAUGUUAAGUAAGUUGUAGAAAUACAAAUGUACAGCGCGACGUCAAUCUUCUUGCUGGACGAAGGCCUCCCCAUGCUCUUGGUCAUAUGGGUUGUUUGAGGAAACUUCACACUGGUCGAUGCAGGUCGGCGAAAGAGGGAGUCCAGAACUGGUGCAAAUAUCACCCGCCACUGAGGUUAGCCGUGGCUGGGAAUCGAACUCAGGGCACCGGGUUCGUAGUGCAGUCGGUUAUGUAUAAAACGAAUAAGGUUAUAGGUGUGAGCCUGUGAUUAUGUAGUGUUCUAUUGUUAGAACUUUAUGACCACCUCUUGUGUUGACCAAUGUAAAUUAUUUUGACUCCGGGCCAGAAAUUAGGUGGUCAUACAAAGUCUUGCUUUACAGGUCUAUCAAGUGACUAAUUUAUGAAAGAUAUAUUAACAUACAGGACAUAUUAUUAAGUAGCAACUUCAUCGCAAUUGACACCGAUUGAUAGACUGAAGAGAUCGACUUUGUGGCCUCAAGUCCUGGAGCGUGUUUACCCUGUUCUACUCCUCUUUCUCUUUUGUGAAAUGUAAUUGUAUUCUGCAUGUGCGUAUGAAAAGGGAGUGCCUUUUCAAAGUUGUCCAUAAAUUGUGAUAAAUUAAAUAAAAGGAGUGUGUUAAAUUGUUGCUAUAGUAAACAUAACGUUAUCCGUUGUUCUACAGGCAUAAUUAUCUGUUAAUGUUUUGAAUAAGGAUCUGUUUAAAUUUUGAUUUAAAGCUUUCGUGACUGCAGGGAUUCAUAUUCUUGGUUCUUUCGGUAAAGUCACGAAGAAUUUUGUUUUAUAUUUUUAUUAUUUUAUUGUUUCCCUUCUACGUGACUUUACCGAAAGAACCAAGAGUAUAAGGAUCUGUCUAAUAGGGCAACCUGGAACUAAUUAGAGUCUCAGCAAGGUACCCCCAAUAUGAGCAUGGUUAGGCGCAUUCGAUGUCGUGUACACAAAUAAUAGCAGCGUGCAGCAAUUGCUCAAGUAUAGUUUAUUUAUCUGCUUCACAGAACUAUUGUAAUAGUAUUAGGAAUGGAGUAAGUGGCAUUUCUGAAAGAGUAUGUAAUUAAACACGAUUUUAAUGUUCCGUGAGUCAUGUGUCUCAGAUGGUUAAAUAAUGAUCUCUGUUAACAAAGAUAUGAGAGUGCACACCACGCACGAGGCAUCUGCAUUGUAGGCAUCUCGUCAUCAGAUGUUGCUUAAAGUUUGUUGCGUAUCACUGCAUUCGCUUCGUUAGGGUGAGGGUGGCUCUGUAACGUGAAUAAACUUCAGUGGAUUUUCACCAA